UUGUAGUUGGUAGGGAGAAAGAGGGAAAAAAUCUCAGUGGGGGUGGCGUGGUUUGGGAGAGACCGAACCACGCUCCGCCCCUUUCGCGUGUUUUUGUCGUUGCUGUGGGUGAUGGUUAUAGUAAUGUUUAAUUUUUGUGAUGGGCUGGUUGGUUGUUGCCACGCGAAGGGAUAAGACACGUCCGGCCGGCCGGGUUCACUGCAGAUGUGGCGCGUGUGCUAGGCUGUAGGUAGGCGAGACCGAUAGGAAAGAAGCUGGCCGGAGCACUCGCUGGUGGGAGGGCGCGAGAGACUUGUGCACACCAACAUAAUGCCAGAAGCAGGAAAAUGGAGCUAAAAUAGCUUGCUUGGGGCAAGAGGAGAAAUUCUUUUGGUUUGGGCAGCAGGCCUUUGGUUGCCCCGUUGGGGCGUUUUUUGGGGGAGGGGGAGUUUUUAUUUUAUGCUCGUGCAAGCAUGUAUGUGCUUGCUGCUCGACGCGAACAGAUUUGGCUAAUUGGCGCUGAGCCGUGUCGUGCCGACUGGAUCGAAGUUAUAUCUCGGUGUCUUUGCAGUCCUGGCCGAGACACCGCCGCCGACAAGAGGAGGGAGGGGGGUCCGGCGGAUGAUAGGUCUGUGUUUGACCCCCGCCGGAGCCCUAUCAUACAGUGCUAUCGAUUGCGCAGCCUAGAUUAUUUAUUGUUGCGAUUUGCGUCAUUGCCCGUCAUAGCGGGUACAUACAGCAGUACGAUGUUGCUUGCAGGUUAGGCCUCUCUCUCUCGUGCUUUCCCCCCCUAUUUUCCUUGUCCUUGGCCUUGUACUUGACCGUGUUGGGUGUGGUUGUGUCGUGUCCCACUCGAGUUAUUAUCGUCGGAAAGGUUUUGCGUGUUUUCCCCGUGAUUUGUGUCUUUAUUUGCCGUGCUUCGCUCGCCAUGAUUUUGUGCGCAAGCAUGCUACUACUUACUGCAGUCGUUUUCUGUUGCUUUUCCCCUUCCUUGUCGGCAGCAUAUCGUUGUGGUCCAUUGUCGUACUGCUCUGCUGCUGUCAUUGUGUCCUUCUUUCUUGGUGUUGUUGGUGCGUAUGACCAAAGGGGCGGCCAUGUACAACCCUUGACGGGCGUCAUCCACUCAAGUGCGAAUUUUCAGUGGUCGUUUCACUUCACAGGUGGUAUGUAUGGAUGCAAACGGCAUGAAUAAGAGUAGUGACCAAUGCCGGCCCUGUCGCAGACAGCCACGGGUACCUCAAGCGGCAGUGCGGUGUAUAUAUAUCGUGUCUUUCUGCUUGGUCGUGUGUCACGGAGAGUGUUCGGGCUGGUCGAAUAAAUCCCCCAGCACGCGUGCUGGUAGAUAU